UGUUUGUAAUAUAAAUGCAAAAGAAUAUUACUUUCGUAUACUAGAACUUGCAUGGCGACGAGUUGUGGAUAUGAGUUCCAAAAAAAGCAUUUUGGAUUUGCUGAUGUCAAACCGGAUGACUUCUACACUUCACAGUGGUUCAAAUCAAGAAGAAUUUUUGCAUGUUAUCGUGGUGCUAUGUUUCUAUAUUCCCUCGUAUGGGUGAUUGUGAAUAUAUUCCAAUAUGAAGGGCUCUAUACGUUUGCUUACCUUACCAAUUGGGCGGAAUGGACACUAUGUUUGUACUUUGGAGUUUCAUUUGGAACGGUUAUGUACGACGUGAGAAAAGAUAAUAAUUACACAAAUACACAAGAAUCUUCUGAUAUACCGAAUUAUUCUGCUCUGAGUAAUCGUGAGCAAGAUGAACUUCGAUGGUUUCAUCGUCUCUGUUGGGUUCUGGCGACAUUAUCUACAGACCUUGAGUACUUGAUUACUAUAAUGUUUUGGACUUUUCUGGCCGGAGAAGAAGACGCAAUGCCAUUACUAAUUAUAAUUCAUCAACAUGGGAUAACGACACUUAUGAUCACGAUUGAUUUGAUGGUCUCACGCAUCCAAUUCCGUCUUCUUCACGUUGUCUAUGUGGCGUUUUACGGAACUAUAUAUACUUUAUUGACGCUAAUUUUGUACGUCACUGGGCUGCAGACAAAGAUUUACAAUGGUGUUAUAGAUUGGCAGGAUGCCCCUGUUAUAUCGACGAUUGUAGGCCUGAGCGUGCUUUGUGUUGGGUUUCCACUAGUACAUUUCCUAGCGUUUGGCAUUUAUCAUUUGAGAUUCUUUUUAGCCAGGAAACUUGCAGGAAGAAAACGGGAUUCAGAACUUGACUCCAGAGCAUGUCAACGCAAUAACGAGAUUGAAAAUGGUAAUAAUGAUGAAGAUUUUAAUAAGAAACUGAAUUGUGAUUCUCUGGGUCAAGAAGAGAGCUUGUUAUAAUAUGAUAAAGCAACUAUACCUUAUGUUUAACAUAUAGAUAUGUGUAUAUAUGCGAGUAUGUAUGUAUACGAGGGAAAAUUAAAUUCGAAUAUUCUGUUUGAUGCAAUUACGACAAAAUAAAUGUCGGUUGCCCCGUACAUUUAAUUAUUGUGUAUUAUUUAAUUAUGAGCAAAUGAUUCAACAUAUGAGGAAACAGUCGCAUUUGUUUCAACUUUCCUGCAUGAACAAAAUAGAAAAUUCCAUCAUAACAAUGUGCGAUAUCAAUUUAUCAGUGUUGCGUAUUUUUUAUUGUCUGUAUUAUUGAACUACUGUCGUCGACUAUCCCAAGACGCAAUUAAUAUA